CUUUCUGUUUAACCCCUUGCACAACAUGGAGGACAUCGCCCACUACUGGAAACACUCUCUGGUUCACAUCCUGCUCUUUUCAGAAUUAGAUUAUGUUGGACAUUGGAGAGCAGCUGACUGUGCCGGAUGAGUUUUCAGAAAAGGAGCGUCGGUCUGGUGUUGUGUGGAGACAGCUGGUGGCCGGAGCAAUGGCAGGAGCCGUGUCGCGAACAGGAACUGCCCCUUUGGACCGUCUGAAAGUUUUCCUACAGGUUCAUGGCACCAGUGGUGUGACUUUGUUUAGUGGAUUGCAAGGUAUGGUGCGGGAGGGAGGAUUGAGGUCCCUUUGGAGAGGCAACGGAAUUAAUGUCCUCAAAAUUGCCCCGGAGUCAGCUAUCAAAUUCAUGGCUUAUGAACAGAUCAAAUGGCUGAUCAGAGGCCGUAGGGAGGGAGGUACUCUGAGGGUUCAAGAACGCUUCAUUGCUGGCUCUCUGGCUGGAGCUACAGCUCAGACCAUCAUCUACCCCAUGGAGGUGUUGAAGACCCGUUUGACCCUUCGGAAGACUGGACAGUAUUCUGGCAUGGCAGACUGUGCCAAGCAGAUACUGCGUAAAGAAGGAGUGCGUGCGUUCUAUAAGGGCUAUGUGCCCAACACACUUGGCAUCAUCCCUUAUGCUGGCAUUGAUCUGGCUGUCUAUGAGACACUGAAGAACGCUUGGCUCCAGCGGUACUGUAUGGGCUCGGCUGAUCCAGGAGUUCUGGUGCUGCUGGCAUGUGGCACUGUGUCCAGCACAUGUGGACAGCUGGCUAGUUACCCACUCGCUUUAAUCCGAACCCGCAUGCAGGCUCAGGCCUCAGCAGAAGGCGCUCCUCAGCUGUCGAUGGUUGGUCAGUUCAAGCACAUUGUGUCCCAUGAGGGCGUUCCAGGACUGUACCGUGGCAUCGCCCCCAAUUUCCUCAAAGUCAUUCCUGCUGUGAGCAUCUCUUAUGUGGUUUAUGAGCAUAUGAAGAAAGCACUGGGAGUGGGAUCUUAAAUGAAGACGCAGGGUCCAAGAGAAGAACCCGUAGUUAAAGAGGACAAUGUAACUUCUGUACCUCAUAAAAACAGGCCUUAGGAAGGCAACGAAGACCUCUAGAGACCAGGAUAAGAACAAUGUAGUCGGUGAAUGACCUAAAAAUCUACUCCACAUUGUACACAAUCACAUUCCCAUGACAAUUCCGACUUUAGCAGAUCGGGAAGCUAGUUUUAGGCUGAGGCAGCCAUUAAAGGAUUAGUUCCCUGCUACAAUGAAAAUUAAUUUACUCAUCCUUAUGUCAUUCCUGACUUUUGAUAAUUCUCUAAACACAAAUGGAGAUAUUUUUUACAAACGUGAGAGAUUUUACCACCUUUUUAGUACUGAACAUUGCUAAAAAAUAAAUUAGGUUUGUCUUCUGAAGUCUUCUGAAGAGAUCAUUCAUUCACUUGAUCAUUUUCUUUUUAGCUUGGUCCUUUUAUUAAUCUGGGAUCGCUACAGCGGAAUGAACUGCCAACGUAUCCAACAUGUUUUACGC